GUGCCAUAGUCGAGCUUACAAGUUACACGAUUUGCAUUCACUUUUCUCGAUUUAGGGUCCAAAGAAAUCUUCUCCUCGGCGCCGUUGUAUGUUGCUGUAACGUAGAGUGAUAAUGUUUGCUUUAGCUGAGAUGGUGGAUACGGUCCGCAUUGAACCGUGGCUCUUCAAUGUUAAACCUAUUGACGCCAUCACAGAAGAACUCAACAAGAAACUUGCAAAUAAAGUUGUACCAAACGUUGGACUAUGCAUCGCUCUUCAUGACAUAGUUAAGAUGGAAGACUCUCAUAUCUUUCCUGGUGAUGGUGCAUCUCAUACGAAAGUCCACUUUCGGUUUGUGGUCUUCCAUCCCUUCAUGGAUGAGAUUCUCGGCGGGCGAAUCCGAAGCUGCAGCCGUGAUGGUGUGCACAUAUCAUUGGGAUUCUUUGAUGACAUUGUUGUUCCACCGGAAGCCCUUCAGCAACCGUGCAAAUUUGAUGAGACCGAGCAGCUCUGGGUCUGGCAGUACGAGUCGGAGGAAGGCACCCACGACAUGUUCAUGGAUAUCAAUGAAGAGAUUCGAUUCAGGGUGGUGGAUGAAGUCUUUACCGAUACGACACCUGUUGGUCCCGAGGAUGGUCUGGAGGCCGGAGCAGACGAGAAUGAAGCAAAGAAAUCCCCUUACAGUCUAGUGGGUUCCAUCAGUGAGCCUGGUCUAGGGCUCUUAGCAUGGUGGUCCAACAUGUGAAGAACUGGAAGAGGUCUAAGGAUAACCAGUUUGGUGGAACAGAUCCAGGCCUAUCUCGCUUUCUGGAACAGAUCUAAGAGAGUCUACCAGUCUGGUGGUCUAGCUUGUGAAGAGCGGGAAGAGGUCUAGAGAUAUCUAGUUUGAUGGAAUAAAUCCAGGACUACCCCGCCUACUGGAACGGAUCCAAUGCAGUCUACCAAUCUUGUGGUCCAUUAUGUGAAGAGCUGGAAGAGGUCUAGAGCUAUCUAGUUUGUGGAACAGAUUAAAGAGAGGACCAGUCUGAUGGUCCAUUAUGAGGAUACAUGGAUCAGGUCUGGGUCCUGUAACAAAAAGGUUAGCAAUUGAACGUAUGCUUGAUUGUACAUUGUAGACAAUGCAGUCAAUCGUCAUCAAAGAUGUUCUUCUACGAUGAUUGCUAAGCUUUGUGUUACGGGCCCGUGGACUAUACGGCUAGUGAAAAUUGGUGGAACCGUGUUCUAUCUGACAGUGAACUAGAUUUGGGCUAUUAGCCUGGUGGUUUAGUAUGAAGGGAUAUGGAACAGAUAUAGGACUACCUAUCUCGAUUGAACAGACUAUUUCGCUAAGUGAAACUGGUUUCCAUCUCACACUGGAGUAGAUUUUGGCUACUAGCUUAAAGGGUCUAACAAGAAGAGUUAUGGAAUAGAUGUAGGCCACCGAGAUCUAGGACUACGUAGCUUGUUAGUCCAUCAAACAUCCUAGCUUGUAAAUGUGAUCCAGGACUAUUUGAGGUGGUACAGAGGUAAGGCAGUGUACCAGUCUGCUGAUCCAACAUGGGGAAUGAGAGAACAGAUCUAGGGCAACCUAGCUUGUGGGAACAGGUCUAGAUCCAGACUGCAGUAUUUGGCUCUCUUAAAUUGGUUCCCAUCAGACUGUGAAGUAGAUUUAGGCUACUAGCCUGAUAGUCCAACUGAGGAAAUAAAGAACAGACCUAGGGCAACCUAGUGUGGUGGAACAGUUUUAAAUCCAGACUAUUUGGCUCAAUGGAAUUGGUUCCCGUCAGACUCUGACAUAGAUUUCGGCUACUACCCUGUUGGUCCAAAGUUAAAGCCAAACAUAUUGUAUUCUGUACCCCCUCAUUUACGAAUCUGCUGUUUGUGCCUCUUCAUGUCAAUAUUGUGCAUAUUUAUUAUAAUUAAUAUAAUUUAUGUAUGCUCUCAGAUAUGUCCUGGGCUAUCUUUUUCUUCAUUUUGUAUCUAUUCCUCCUUUUUGAACGAUUUUAAUGUAAAAUAUAGUGAUGAACUGCACUAAGUUCAUUAGAACUAUGAAAUAAACUAAAGGACAAUUAAUAAAUUAACUAAUUGAAAUGACAAAAAGCAAACACAUACCCUUCAUAAUAAAAGAAAUGCACCCCUCUCUACCCUGUUACAUAAAAUUGUAUUCUGUACCCCCACUCUAUUCACAAAUCUGCUAUUUGAGCCUCUUCAUGUCAAUAUUGUGCAUAUUUUUAUAAUCAAUAUAGUUUAUGUAUGCCCUCAGCUAUGUCCUAGGCUAUUUUUUUCUUCAUUUUGCAUUUUUUCCUUCAUUUUGAACGAUUUUAAUGUAGAAUAUAGUGAUGAAUUGCACUUUGUUCAUAAGAACUAUGAAAUAAACUAAAGGACAAUUAAUUGAUUGAAAUAAUGAGAAUCCGCAUUUAUAUAGCGCUUAACACAUUAAAACAACGUCUCUAAGUGCUUUACAGAUAUAUUAUUACCCCGGUCAUCGGAUCCUUGCAUGCCCGCAUGCAAUGUAUGCACUUUCUCCACUCCCUGGUGAGCAUUCCAACAAGAGUUCCAAGACUCAAUUGCUAGGCAUACUCCAUAGGCUUUCGCAUCCUACCGGGUACCCAUUUAACACCUGGGUGGAGAGUGCCAAAUUGUGGAUUGACGCCUUGCCAAAGAACGCUAGGCCAUGGUGGGGUUUGAACACACGAGCCUCUGAUUACAAGGCAAAAUUCAGAACGACUACACCACGGCGCUUUGAAAAAAAAAAACACUACCCUUCGUAAUGAAUGAAUGCACACUGUAAAGUGAUGCGUUACCAUGGUGCAUUAAUCUAUUGGAAAACAGGUAAAAACAUGUAUUGCUACACUACAUUACAAAUCUGAUGCAUCCGAGAAUGAAUAAAAAAUGGUACGCCAGGCUUCGCAAUCUGACAUGAGAGUUGGUAAAUCAUGUAACAAAUUAAUUGUAUCCCUACAUAUGUAAUCAACAAAAAUUAAAGGUUUCCGUCCUCUCGUUUUAUGAGGGAGGCGCAACAAAAUUACAUCUGAAAUAACUUCCUUCUCACUACGGAAACAGUGACCAGCAAAUCUCAUACAACGUUUAAUUACUGUGGUGGAGAUAGGUGGAAGAUGUCAGUAAAUUUCAUCUUUUGUCUUGUGAUCUCCAACUAAUAUUUUGUACCCUCAUUAAAAGUCGAGUAUACGUGCCAUCUAGUCUAGCUUUUAGGGACUUCUUGAUUGUACAUGUUUCUGAACCAUAAAAAAGGAUACUUUCUACACAUGCCCUAUUAAACAGGGAGAGUUUUGUUGACAGAGAAAUAUUUGAUUCCCAAAUCAAAUGCAGAUUAUUACAUGCAUUCCACGCAAGAGCUUUUCUAGAUAAGAAAGUCUUUUCUUGAGUCGCAUAUGUAUGAACCUAAAUACUUAAAAUCAUCCACUUCUUUAAGCUUGGCCCUUCCCUUGUCAGUAUUGAUGCAUGAUCAUGAUGAUCAUAAGCGUAUUGCACUUGAGUUAGAAUAAAAAUUACCAAGCUCAUAUAAUAUAAAUAACAUAA